AUGUUACAAGCUGUUACUUUUCCUGAUGGUACUACAGCCUUUAUACAACACAAUAAAGAUCUGAAAUUAACAGAAGGUCAAACUUUAACAUUAGAAGAUGGUACCACAGCAGUUGUUCAAAAUACUGUUACAACUACAAAAGCAAGUGAAGAAAAUAAAGUUGUAGAAGGACAGGCUAUUCAAUUAGAUGACGGAACCAUGGCUUAUCUACAGACAACUAAAGGACCAGAUGGAUUGCAAGCAAUAACACUAGAAGAUGGUACUACAGCAUAUAUAGCUCAUCCCAAUCCUGAAUCUUUGUUUGUUGAGACAGCUGGUCUGGAUGGUACUCUACCCAAUAUGGAACACAUAUCUCAGGUAAAAUGUCAAAUUCUUACAGAGAGUAAGAGUCACAGUUUUAAAAAGAGUCAAAUUCUUAAAGGCAGUCACAGUUUUAAAAAGUGUCAAAUUUUUAAAAGCAGUCACAGUUUUAAAAAGAGUCAAAUUCUUAAAGGCAGUCACAAUGGAGAUGAUCAAGAAAGAAAUGUACCAUUUGGUGAUAAGGCCUUCCGUUGUAUGUAUGGAAAUUGUGGCAGAUUAUAUACAACUCUUCAUCAUUUGAAGGUACAUGAAAGAUCUCAUACAGGUGAUAGACCAUUUAAAUGUGAUUUUAUUCAAUGUGGUAAAGCUUUUGCUACAGGCUAUGGUUUAAAAUCACAUCGACGUGUACAUACUGGUGAAAAACCUUAUAAAUGUCAAGAAAAUGGCUGUGAUAAAGCAUUCAAAACUUCUGGUGAUUUACAAAAACAUGUUCGAACUCAUACAGGUGAAAGACCCUUUAAAUGUCCGUUUGAAGGAUGUACCAGAUCCUUUACAACUUCUAACAUUCGUAAAGUUCAUAUUAGAACACAUACAGGAGAACGACCUUACAACUGUACAGAAGAGGGCUGUGGGAGAUCAUUUGCAAGUGCCACUAACUAUAAAAACCAUGUUAGAAUACAUACAGGUGAGAAGCCGUAUGUAUGUACUGUAACAGGUUGUGGUAAAAGAUUUACAGAAUAUUCUAGUCUCUAUAAACAUCAUGUCGUACAUACUCAUUCUAAACCAUAUGAAUGUGGUCAUUGUGGUAAAACAUACCGUCAAACCUCUACUCUAGCCAUGCAUAAACGUACUGCUCAUGGUGAAGAAGUGACUGCUGUCAUUGGUGAUGCUGAAACUGCUCAAUUAUUUGCUCAAGGUGAAAGUGAUG